CCGAAGACAGCGGGCGCUGAGAUCAGGGCGGAUUCACCGAGUCGGUACAAACAUGGACAGUCAAGGCAGGAAAGUGGUGGUGUGUGACAACGGGACCGGGUUUGUGAAGUGUGGAUAUGCCGGCUCUAAUUUCCCGGAGCACAUUUUCCCGGCUCUGGUGGGGAGACCGAUCAUCCGCUCCACAGCCAAAGUGGGAAACAUCGAGAUCAAGGACCUGAUGGUGGGUGACGAGGCGAGCGAGCUGCGCUCCAUGCUGGAGGUGAACUACCCGAUGGAGAACGGGAUCGUGAGGAACUGGGACGAUAUGAAGCACCUGUGGGACUACACUUUCGGCCCCGAGAAGCUCAACAUCGACUCCCAGAACUGCAAGAUCCUGCUCACGGAGCCGCCCAUGAACCCCACCAAGAACCGAGAGAAGAUCAUCGAGGUGAUGUUUGAGACCUAUCAGUUCUCAGGUGUUUAUAUCGCCAUCCAGGCCGUGCUCACACUGUACGCUCAAGGUCUGCUGACAGGUGUAGUGGUGGACUCAGGUGACGGAGUCACUCAUAUCUGUCCAGUGUAUGAAGGUUUUUCUCUUCCUCAUCUCACACGUCGUCUGGACAUCGCCGGACGAGACAUUACACGCUACCUCAUCAAGCUGUUGUUGUUGAGAGGUUAUGCCUUCAAUCACUCAGCGGACUUCGAGACGGUGAGGAUGAUGAAGGAGAAGCUGUGUUACGUGGGCUAUAACAUCGAGCAGGAGCAGAAGCUUGCGCUGGAGACCACCGUGCUGGUGGAGUCCUACACGCUGCCGGACGGUAGGGUGAUUAAAGUGGGCGGCGAGCGGUUCGAGGCUCCGGAGGCUCUGUUCCAGCCUCACCUCAUUAACGUGGAGGGAGUCGGGGUGGCUGAACUGCUCUCCAACACCAUCCAGGCCGCCGACAUCGAUACCAGGGCUGAGUUUUACAAACACAUUGUUUUGUCGGGCGGCUCUACGAUGUAUCCGGGUCUGCCGUCUCGUCUGGAGCGCGAGCUCAAGCAGCUCUACCUGGAGAGAGUCCUGAAGGGAGACGUCGACAAGCUCUCGAAGUUUAAGAUCCGCAUUGAGGAUCCUCCUCGCCGUAAACACAUGGUGUUUUUGGGUGGAGCGGUGCUAGCCGACAUCAUGAAGGACAAAGACAACUUCUGGAUGACCAGAGAGGAGUACCAGGAGAAGGGCACACGCGUCCUGGAGAAGCUGGGGGUCACUGUUAGAUAAAUCUCACACACACGUACACACACACACACAAACACACACACACACACACGCACGCACAACAUUACACUCACAGUCACAGGGUGGCAUUUUGGCAGCGUAAACACACAGAGGUGUUCUUCAGUUUAAGAGGAUAUACUUGAGAACAACGGUAUACAAAUACUUGAACUUCUUUGCAAUCCAAAAAAAAGUGCUUCAUUUUUGUACGACAUUCCAAAUGUAAAGAAUCAUAUCAGCACCAGACAGAAAUUGAAUGAAAUCGAGUGAUUUGAUCACGAAACGACUCGUUUAUGCUGCCAAAAUUAAUCCUCAAACGAUGUAUCACCAUAUCGUGACCUGUUUAUUUCGAGUCCUUCACAUUGACCCUAAAAAAACAAAAAAAAA